AUGGCCGUGAGGCUGGUGAAUGGCACAGGGAGGUGCUCAGGCCGAGUGGAGGUUCUCGUCCAGGGCACAUGGGGGACUGUGUGUGAUGACCUCUGGGACCUGGCCGAGGCCACAGUCGUGUGCCGCCAGCUGCAGUGUGGCCAGGCCAUGGCAGCCCCCACAGGGGCCCACUUCGGGGCAGGCUCUGGGAAGAUCAUUCUGGAUGAUGUGCAGUGUGCAGGCAGUGAGAGCCAUCUGGGGCAGUGUGUGCACAGGGGUGAGGCUGGGCUCAACUGCGGGCACCUGGAGGAUGCCGGUGUCAUCUGUGCAGGUGCUCAGUCCACAGCUGCUCUGCCCACAGAUCUUGUGGCUAUGAAGUCACUGGCCUUAGAAUACAGUGCCAUGGUUAUUCCUGGAGGCUGGGCCCCUGUGCGGCUGGUAGGUGGCCAUGGGAGGUGUGCAGGUCGCGUGGAACUCUUCUACCAGGGAGUCUGGGGGACGGUGUGUGAUGACCUCUGGGACCUGCCAGAAGCAAACAUCAUCUGCAGGCAGCUGGGGUGUGGCUGGGCCAUUUCAGCCCCAGGUGAGGCCCACUUUGGGGAAGGCUCUGGGAAGAUCCUCCUUGACAAUGUGCACUGCGGGGGAGAAGAACAGCACCUGGAGGAGUGCUCCCACAUCGGCUGGCUUUCCCACAACUGUGGGCACGGAGAAGAUGCUGGUGUGAUCUGUUCAGAUCGCCCACUGGCCGUCAUCGCAGGAACAACGGCAGCAGAAAAAUCUUCGUGUGGCAGUGUUAUCACUAACUCAUCUGGAGCGAUUAGGAAUCCCCCGCGGAAUGAAAUGCACGACAACAUAACCUGUGUGUGGGAAAUCAAGGCAAAUGUAUCUGACCAUAUACUGCUGGCAUUUCCAUAUGUUAACCUCGACUGCACCAAUGAAUAUUUUGAAAUCCUGGAUGGCCCUCCAUCCUCAGCCAAGUCCCUGGGGAAGACCUGCUCUGGUUCCUACCUCACCUACGCAUCCUCCUCCAGCUCAUUGACUCUCGUGUACUUCCGAAGCUUCAACAACAUAGGGAAAAACUUCAUCGCUUAUUAUUAUUCUGCAGCCAAAGAGGCGGUUUCCAGGACCCCACAUCUAAUCACAAUCCCGAUGACAACACCCAAGACAGUGACAGCAAGACCAGCUCAUGGGCAAUGUGCUGUGUCCCAGAGGGCAAUGCUCACCAGAUCUCUGUCUGCAGGGGACCGGCCAGACCUGAGGCUGGUGGGCGGCUCAGGUCGGUGCUCAGGACGCGUGGAGGUCCUCUACCAGGGGGCUUGGGGCACCGUGUGUGAUGACCUCUGGGACCUCAAUGAAGCCGAGGUCGUGUGCCACCAGCUGAGGUGCGGACGGGCCGUGUCCGCCCUUGGGAAGGCCCACUUUGGUCCUGGCUCUGGAGACAUCUUCCUGGACAACCUUCAGUGCUCCGGGGUGGAGCGCUCCCUGGGCCAGUGCGCCCACUCAGGCUGGUCGGAGCACAACUGUGGCCACCAUGAGGACGCCAGUGUCAUCUGUUCAGAUGCGGAAGAACUGCCUCCUCCCACACCUCCAGGUAUGCCACCCACUUCUCAGGAUCAUAUACCAGGAGGAAGUAGCUCUUGUGGAGGGGUCAUGUCUAGUGUGUCUGGCUCAUUUUCCAGUCCACUGUAUCCGGAAAGCUACCCAACAGACAUCCAGUGCGUUUGGGAGAUUCAUGUGGAUAAAAAAUUCCGCAUAGAACUCAUGAUUCCAACUCUGAACCUAGAGGAUAUCCUUGGAUGCCCUUACGACUCUGUUGAAAUCUUCGAUGGCCCCCGGAUCACCUCACUGUCCAUGGGGAAGUUCUGUGCUUCCAUAUCUGUGAUAUUUUUCUCCUCCUCAGACAUCAUGACAGUGGUGUUCCGAAGUGAUUCUAUGAUCACCAACACUGGCUUUUAUGCUAUGUUCAAUGUGAUUCCGCAAGGCAAAAGGGAAUCAGAAGAUGGACCGGAGCUGCGAUUGGUGGGCGGCUCAGGACGGUGCUCAGGACGGUUGGAGGUCCUCCACAGGGGGACCUGGGGCACCGUGUGUGAUGACCUCUGGGACCUCAACGAAGCCAAGGUCGUGUGCCGACAGCUGGGGUGUGGACCGGCCAUUGCAGCCCCUGGAAAGGCUCACUUCGGCCCGGGCUCUGGAAACAUCCUCCUGGAUAACAUUCAGUGCUCGGGAAGCGAGAACCACCUCGGCCAGUGCCCUAGCUCCGGCUGGUCAGACCACAAUUGUGGCCACCAUGAGGACGCCGGUGUCAUCUGCUCAGGUAGCCUGUCUUCCCCCCUCCCCACUGAGGGAAGUAACUCUUGUGGAGGGGUAAUUUCUGGUCUCUCGGGCUCCUUCUCCAGUCCUUGGUAUCCAACAAACUACCCCACUGACGUGGAGUGUAUCUGGGUGAUACACGUGGCUGAGAAGUUCCGCAUAGAACUGGUGAUCCCAAGCUUGAAGUAA